AUGGGUGCUGCUACUGCUACAGCCACACCCGGUCGAGUUUGGGUCAUCACCGGAUGUUCCAGCGGGCUGGGCAAGGAACUGGCGCUUGCUGUGCUCAAGCACAACGACAGAGUCAUCGCAACCAGCCGGAACAUCGGCCGACUCGAAGAGCUGCGCAAAGCAGGCGCGGCCACGCUUCAACUGGAUCCCAAUACGGACCUUGCACUGCUUCGGCAAUUCGCCGACGAGGCCAUCAACGUGUACGGCAAGGUGGAUGUCUUGGUCAACAAUGCUGCAUAUGUCGCCUAUGGAACGAUAGAGGAGACCUCGCCCGAAUAUACUCUGCAGCAGUAUCAAACCAACGUCUUCUCGGUUCUGAACAUGAGCCGCGCCUUCCUUCCACACUUCCGCUCCCGGGGAACCGGUGUCAUCGCCAGUCUCGGCAGUAUUGGGUCUCGACUUAAAUCACCAAACAUGGGUCUUUACCUAGGAACCAAAGCAGCGUUGCGAAGUAUGCAUCUCGCCCUCGAUCUCGAAGUCCGUCCACUCGGGAUCCAAACCUGUCUGAUCCAACCCGGUCGCUUCAGGACACCGCUGCUCUCAUCCGACGGCGACACAACCAAUGUCCGCCACGCCGACAGCGACGCAGCCCUGAUCUCCGCCUACGACAAAUUGCGCUCCGCCUCCAUCGAGAGCUCCAAGGCCGUCCAUGGUCGUCAACUCGGUGAUCCGGCCCUAGGCGCCCAGCGGAUCUACGAAGUCCUGACCUUGUCGGGAAUGGCACAGGCAAAGGGCGAGAUCCCGCCCGAGCUCUUGUUAGGUACUGAUGCGUACGAGGCCACCAAGACGAUUUUGGAACAGGAAAUCAAAGUCGCCGAGCAAUGGAGGGAGGUUAGUUGUUCGACGGAUUUCCAGGACGGGCUGGGGGUGUUAUGA